AUGGCCUCGAACGGCUCGCUCAAGUCAUCGCGCGUCGACAUCUCCCUCCCGAUAAAUCGACCAACAGAGAAGGGCAACUGGACUCCUGAGUUAGAUGCGAAGCUGCGAGCUCAAGAAGCCUCCAACAUCCAAAUAAAGGGCCCAAAUGCCCUGGCUCCAGAAUUCUUCCCCCAUGGCAAACGCUCCCUCUCAGGCAUCGCAGUGCGCGCUUUCUGUAUGGGUUGGACAGCUUCAAUCGGGUUCGUCUUGACUGCACUGCUCGUAUACCAUGGCAGCCGUCUCUGGCGGCCAUGCAUGUUCCUCGGAACACUGUCCGUCUUCCACUUCCUCGAAUUCUACACAACGGCCGCAUACAAUACCCCGAUCGCCUACGUCGCCUCGUUCCUCCUCACAAAUGGCAGCCAGUACAGACAAGCUCAUACACUGGCCUUGAUCGAGACGUGCAUAACCUCGUACUUCUUCCCCGGCUGGCUAGCUCGAGUUCACUCGCCGCUAAUAAUUUCGUUGGGCAUCGUAAUGAUUGCAGUGGGACAGGGUGUUAGGAGCACAGCUAUGGCUCAAGCAGGCACCAACUUCAACCAUACGGUGCAGUCACGCAAGAACGAUGGACAUGAGCUGGUAACCAACGGGUUGUACGCCUAUUUCCGCCAUCCUUCAUACUUUGGCUUCUUCUGGUGGGGAAUUGGAACGCAGCUCAUGCUCGGAAAUACUGUUUGCUUCCUGGGAUAUGCCGGCAUAUUAUGGUACUUCUUCAUGAAGAGAAUCUCGCAUGAAGAGAAGCAUUUGAUUGAUUUCUUCGGCGACGACUACAAGGCCUAUCGGGCCCGUACACGCAUUUGGAUACCUUUCAUCUGA